CCGGAGGGAAUCCAGCCCCGGAGCAGCCGAGCUUCCUGGGAUCAUUCACAGGCCAUGCUCCGGGGACCAGCGGCUGGCUGCGGUCCCUGCCCAGCCGCAGAGCCCCAAGCCCAGCAGGAAGCCGUGGGGCAGCCCCUCUCUCAGGAUACAUCCCCAUCUCUGACCCCCAGACCCUUGAGCGGGGCCCUGCCGCAAGGGAGCUGGAUGGUCUGAAGAGAGAAGCUGCCGACCUUUCCUGGGAGCCUCGGCACUUCCAGUGAGGCAGCAGCAUGCUGGCUCCAAAGAAAGGCCUCCUGUGCAACCUCAACCACAUCCACCUGCAGCACAUCUCCCUGGGGCUGCACCUCUCCCGGCACCCCGAGCUCCAGGACACCGAUGGUUCCACCGCCAGGGGAGACCAGACUGGCUGCAUCCACUGCCCGGAGAACCGUGAGCCGGUGGAUGCCAAUUCCAACAGCCCCUCCGUGAAAUGCCGAUGUUGUGAAUCCCACGAUCCAGAACCGGAGACCCUCGGGAUCCAGAACCAGGCAGUGCAAGAGGAUUUCCCCUGCCUGCACAGUGGAGACGAGGAGGAGGCAGCUUCCCCUUGUGAUCCCCCUUGUGAUCUGGCUUCUUCUUCUUCCUCCUCCUCCUCCUCCUCUGUCAGUAGCUGCUCGGAUUUCAGCUUGGAUGACUCCCCUGUCUCAGUGUACUGCAAGGGGUUUGCCAGAGAAGAGUCCCAAUCCCCUGACAAGCAGCUGAACGUCAUUCCCACAGAAAACGCCCGGGAUGGAGAGUCUCCGGCUGCCCAGGACAGGACGUGCGAUGGGAGAGAUGCCAACCACAACUCGCCCGUGCUCCGGAGAGCCACCGCCGUGGCCAGCAAGAGCCCAGACAGCCUCUGCAGCAACAACUCGCUCGACUCGCAAUGCGAUGAGCUCUCGCCCAGCACAGCAGCACAGCAUUCCUGCGCUGACCUAGACCCCAACUGCAACCCCCUCCCCGAGCCCGAUGCUGCGCCUCCAGCACCCCCGCCCGUGCCGGAGCGGCGGGAUCCCGGCAUCCCGAGCAGCGCUCCGGAGCCGCGGCCGCGGCCCAGCGGCCUCCCCCCGCCCGUGCCCCCUCGUCCCCGGCGGCGGCUGCAGGUCCUCAACGCGCACAGAGCGGAGCAGCAGCUCGGGCCAGUGCGGCCAGCAGAGCCCAAGACCGGCCCAGGUGAGCCCUGCAGAGACACGGCCACGAAGACCAUCACCUCCUUCCACGAGCUGGCCCAGAGAAGGAAGAGGAACGUGGCUGUGCCCACACUGGCCCAGGCCAGGGUUGACCGCAGCGACUGGCUGAUCGUGUUCUCGCCUGACACGGAGCUGCCCCCCAGCAGCGAGCUCCUCUCCGGGCCCGCGGGCCAGGAGCCAGCGCAGCCCCAGCCCCAGCCCCAGCCCCAGCAGGACGGGCCAGCCAGGCCUCCCGGCUCCAGACAGAGAGAGGUGACGACGUUCAAGGAGCUGCGGUCCCGCAGUGCCGCCAGGCAGCCCAAGGGCCAGCGGGCAGAGCCGGCCCAGCACCCCCCUGUGCCCCCGGGGACGGGCGCGGGCUGGGGACCCCCCGCGCCCCUGGGGACACAGGUGCUGGCACCCAGUGACGGUCACCAGCUGAGAAGGAGACCCCGGCCGAGCCUGCAGCCCAUCGCGGAGGGGCAGCCGAGGGAUGUGGAGAAGGGGGGGCUGCCCCCAGGGGAAAAGAGGCUGGGAACUGCCCCGGUCCGGAGGCUCGGGGGUCCCGGCGGGGACCCCGCGGUGCCACGGGCGGCCCAGAGAGGAGACGAGACCUGCACGGGGGCCAGGCCCGAGCCGCUCGCCCCGGGAGCCGCCGCUGGAGCCGCCGCUGGAGCCGCCCGGCCCGGCGGGGGGAGAGCAGAAGGGGCCCAUGGAGAACAAACGAAAGCGCUGCUGGUCGCCGUCAGCUCCGCCGUGGACAAGGUCAUCGCGCACUUCAGCACCGCACGGAACCUGGUGCAGAAGGCCCAGCUGGGGGACAGCCGGCUCAACCCCGACGUGGGGUACCUGCUGCUGCACACGCUCUGCCCCGCGCUCUACGCCUUGGUGGAGGACGGGCUGAAGCCGUUCCAGAAGGAUGUCAUCACAGGCCAGCGGAAAAAUUCCCCCUGGAGUGUGGUGGAAGCCUCCGUGAAGACAGGCCCCAACACCCGCUCCCUGCACUCCCUGUGCUGGCACGUGGCCGGGCUGGCCCCCCUCAGCAGCACCAGGCAGAAGUUCCAUGCCUUUAUCCUCGGCCUUCUCAACAUUAAACAGCUGGAGUUGUGGAUAUCUCACCUGCAGAAGAGCCCAGGUGUGAUCUCCGUGCUUUACUCUCCCACGGCCUUCUUUGCCCUGAGCCAAGGCCCUCUUCCCCACCUCGCUGACGAACUGCUGCUGCUCAUCCAACCCCUCUCGGUGCUGACUUUCCACCUGGACUUGCUCUUUGAACACCAUCACCUCUCCGUGGAUGUCCGGCCCUUGUCCCGCCGCUUGGAGUCACCGCUGUCUCCCGGCCGUGGCCCCGUCCCGGUGCGGGGGGCUGUGUCUCUGGGGGGCCUCAGCGGUGCUGCCGGGGACAGCCUAGAGGAUGAGACCCCCCCCGAUGCUCUGGGCAGGGUGGGGGGCGCUGGGGGCAGCACAAGGGCCCGGUCCCAAGCGACCAUGGGUGGGCUGGUCCCUACCCCGCCAGUGGGGGCUGCCCUGCACCAAACCUUCCAGCACGUGCUGCGCUGGGGAGACCGGCUCAGCCGCACCUUACUGGGGUCUGACACCUCCCCGCAGAGCCACGGGCCUGAGGAGGCCACUGGGGGCACUGGGGCUGGCCUCGGUGGCUGGUGGGGCCAGCUGAGCCAGAGCUCCAGGAUUUACACUGCUCCUAGCAAGGAAAAGUUCCCCUUGGUCUGGUGGACGAAGCUGCGGGCGGCUGCGGGGGAUCCCAGCCCGGGCCAGGCUGUGCAAUCCCAAACUUCCAUGAGUGAGCCCAGGGCCACAGAGCUGCAGCUCCUUCAGGCCAAAGCUGUCCCCGAAUGCUCCGGCCCAAAGCCCAGCAGCAGCACUGACACCUCAGGGACCUCUUCCCCUGAAGACCUGUUCUUGCCCACUGGAACUGGAGCACUCACCAAGCUGGAUGAUCCCAGUGCUGGAAAGAAUCUCCCAGCUGCUUCCCCAGAGCCUUCUGCCAACAGGAACCGGGCAGCACCUUCUGGCCCAGAGAUGGGUAAUCCUCCCAGUCCUGACAAGGGCAGCUGGCUGGGCCGGCUCUUUGGAGCCACCAGCCCCUCGUCCAGGAGCUUCCCUCCCAGCCCUGACGCCGUCUUGGCCAGGUCCAGGAGACCGUCCCGCUGGCUGUCCCCCAGCCCGCGUGUCCUGGCCGGGGUGGUGAAGGGCCUGGCGUCCGACAGGAGCCGCGCUCCGGAGCAGCCGGACAGGAACAGCCCCGUCCUGCCCCAGGCCCACAGGUGAGGGAGGACACGGGAACCAGCAGGGCUGGGAGGGCACGGGAACCAGCAGGGAGGGCACGGGAACCAGCAGGGCUGGGAGG